AUGAAAUUCUUAAUAGUACUCUUACUAGCACUUAUUGCUUAUGUUUCUGCUGAACAAUGCUCUGGUUACACAACUAUCGCCAAAUGUGUUGGUGAAGGUGAUGUAUGUAAUCACGAUCAACCAUGUACUGAAUUAUUGUAUUGUAACAAUAAUGGAAAUUCCGUCCAGAAUGGUACUUGUGUCAAAUAUGCUGAAUUGAAUCAAGAUUGUUCCAAGACUACUUGUAGUCCACUCUACUCUUGCGAGUCCAACAAAUGUGUCGUUGCCAAUAAUGUUCAAAACAAUGGAACUUGUCAAUCUGAUUACCAAUGUAUGGGUUCUAUGACUUGUGUCAGCUCUGUUUGUACUUUGGGUACUAACAAAUGCAAGGUCAACGUUGAAUGUCCAUUUGGAACAUCUUGUGAUGUAAGCUCUGGAAACUGUACCACCGACAUUGCUGCCGGUCAAUCCAUUCCAGUCAAGGCCGACCAAAAGUGUGCUCUCGGAUCUGCCCAAAACACCGACGGUAAGUGUGUUGCCUUGUACAGUUUGGCUGCCAAUGCUGCCUGUAACGACGACAGUCUCUGUGACGACCAAUUGAUUUGCUCUGCCGGUGUAUGCGCCGCCAUCCCAGCUGCUACUCCAUCGACCACCAACUGCUCUGCCACAGCCUGCACAUCUUAUGAAGUAUGUAUCUGUAAAGGCGGUGACACCAAUGCCACCAGUGGAACCUGUUAUACCAAGGAUUUGACCGGAUCUGCCAUGGAGACCCGUAAGAACAGUCACAUGGAUUACCUCAACUGUGUCAACACCAACAAGUGUGUCUUGGAAAACAAUCUCCAAGCACCCGCCUACUCUAGCUGUGCCGACGACAAGUGUGCCACUGAAUGGUGCAAGUUCCAAUCCGACAAUGUCUUCAAGGCUGUCUACAACCCAAUUCCAGAGUCAUGUCAAAGAAACGAUCCAAUCUGUGCCAACAAUUCAUCCAACAUGGUCUCUGCUUCAUUCUCUUUGAUCGUCAUCCUUUCAAUCAUUGUAGCUUCAAUCUUUUAA